GCCAGCAAAUCAAAACAACCCAAUCCUCCAAGAUGUUCAAGUUCUUCGCCGUCGCCCUCUUCGCCCUGAUUGCCUGCGUGGCUGGCAAGCCCGGAAUCGUGGCUCCUCUGGCCUACUCCGCUCCCCUGGUGGCUGCUGCUCCCGCGGCUGCUGUCUACAGCCGGGAAUACCACGGAAACUACGCGGCUCCCUACGUGGCAUCUCCCUAUGUGGCUUCACCCUACGUGGCAUCCCCCUACGUGGCGUCUCCCUAUGUGGCUUCUCCCUACGUCGCCGCUCCCUACACCGCUCCCCUGCUGCUGAAGAAGUAGGAUGGACACCCAAGGCAUUACUUGACCCAAUAGGAAAUCACAAACUGAAAAAGAAAAUAAUAAAACUACUAUAAAAACCGA